AUGGAUUCCACUGUAACUGCAUUCAUCACUUUAAGUCUGGUUCUACACGCGUCUCAUGUCAAAGCAGCAGAGCCAGUGGACUUCAUAAAAGUAUUAGAAUUUCAAAGUGCCCCUGAAGGAGUGACGAAAACAUCAGGAUUUUGCACACAUCGACGAGCAUCGAAGCCAGACAUUGCUUAUAGAGUUACCAGCCAGGCCCAGCUCAAGGCCCCCACCACACUCCUGUUCCCUGAUGGCGCUUUCCCAGAAGAUUUUUCCAUCCUGACCACAGUCCGGCCAAAGUCCAGCCUCCAGUCCUUCCUGCUGUCCAUCUAUAAUGCACAGGGAGUCCAACAAUUGGGAGUGGAGCUCAGGAGAUCCCCUGUCUUCUUGUACGAGGAUCAGAAUGGCAAACCUUCCCCCGAGGAGUACCCGCUCUUCAAUACACUCAACUUGGCUGAUGGAAAAUGGCAUCGUGUGGCGAUCAGUGUAGACAAGAAGACUGUGACCUUCAUCGUUGACUGUAAAACAAAGAUCACCAAACCUCUGGCCAGAAGUGACCAAGGCACCAUCAGCGCUGACGGAGAAACUUUCUUUGGCUCCAAGAACCAAGAUGAAGGCUUCCAGGGUGACAUCCAGCAGCUUCUGAUUGUGGCUGAUCCCACCGCUGCCUACGACUACUGUGAACAUUACAGCCCAGACUGUGACCGCCCCCAUGGACAGAGAGUGCAAGCCCAAGAGCCAGAGGAGUAUUUUACUGAUGACUUAGAGUACACUCAGUUCUAUGAUUACUCUGAGGGAGCUACAGACAUCAUUGCCACUGAUGAGUAUCCUGAGCCGCAGCUAAACAAAGUAGAAGGAGAAUACAAUACAAACAUUGACUACGGGACCUUAAGUGAUACACAAACUCAGUCUCCCUAUGACACCAGUGGACCUCAUGAGGCUGUGGAGGAGGACCAUGUUGGGGGUCUGGCCACUGAGGCCACAGCUCAGGAGCCCACCGCCGCCCCGGACACUCACGGGGCAGAUGCUUACGACUUUAACGAGUACGACCUAAAGGAGUAUGACUUGGGAGAGGUUGGCAGCAAGGUUUAUGAUUACUCCAAUUAUGAUGAUUAUGGCACGGCCCAAGCCAAGCCCACCGGAGCCCCUGAUGACCAGGUGGGGCCCGGGGUGGCGGCUGAGACGGACAUUUCGGAGAGCGCCAUUGCGGGAGUUGAAGGAGCGUUUGGAGAGAAGGGAGAAAAGGGCGAGCCUGCGGUCAUUGAACCUGGCAUGUUGAUUGAAGGACCACCCGGACCUCCUGGACCUGCUGGUCUCCCAGGUCCCUCCGGUCUACAAGGACCCCCAGGCCCCUCUGGAGAUUCUGGUGACAGGGGUCCUCCUGGUCGUGCUGGUCUGCCUGGAGCUGAUGGUUUGCCUGGUCCUCCUGGUACAAUGCUCAUGCUGCCGUUUCGUUUUGGUGGUGAUGGUGAGAAGGGUCCCGUAGUGUCCGCGCAAGAAGCCCAAGCUCAGGCCAUCCUUUCCCAGGCCAGGCUGGCAAUGAGAGGCCCCCCAGGGCCAAUGGGUUUGACAGGAAGAUCAGGACCAGUGGGUCUUCCUGGUUCUACUGGACUUAAAGGUGAAAGUGGAGACCACGGUCCACAGGGCCCUCGUGGCAUCCAGGGGCCUGCAGGACCUCCUGGCAAAGCAGGCAAGCGGGGUCGUGCCGGAGCUGAUGGUUCACGGGGAAUGCCUGGAGAGCCCGGUUCUAAGGGCGACCGGGGAUUUGAUGGUCUGCCCGGACUGCCGGGAGAGAAGGGACACAGGGGAGAACAUGGACCACCAGGGCCGAUAGGAGCCCCAGGAGAAGACGGACAGAGAGGUGAAGAUGGAGAGAUCGGGCCGAGGGGACUGGCUGGAGAGAGUGGUCCGAGGGGUUUGUUGGGGCCACGUGGACCUCCUGGACCUCCUGGAGCUCCUGGUGUUGCUGGAGUCGACGGACCUCAUGGGCCAAAAGGAAACAUGGGGCCUCAAGGUGAACCAGGCCCACCUGGACAGCAAGGAAUUCCAGGAACGCAGGGUCUCCCUGGUCCUCAAGGCCCUAUUGGACCACCUGGAGAAAAAGGGCCCGGGGGCAGAUCGGGGCUGCCCGGUCUACCUGGAGCUGAUGGUCCUCCUGGCCAUCCUGGGAAAGAGGGUCCACCUGGAGAGAAAGGAGGCCAGGGUCCCCUCGGUCCUCAGGGUCCCAUUGGUUAUCCUGGCCCUCGUGGCGUUAAGGGAGCUGAUGGUGUUCGUGGUCUGAAGGGAGGAAAAGGAGAGAAGGGUGAAGAUGGGUUCCCAGGUUUCAAAGGAGAUAUGGGAAUCAAAGGAGACCGGGGAGAGCUUGGUAUGGCGGGUCCACGAGGUGAGGACGGUCCUGAGGGUCCCAAAGGUAGAUCUGGACCCAACGGGGAGUCUGGUCCACUUGGCCCUGCUGGAGAGAAGGGUAAACUAGGUGUCCCCGGUUUACCAGGGUAUCCAGGAAGGCAAGGACCUAAGGGCUCCAGUGGAUUCCCAGGCUUCCCAGGAGCCAACGGAGAGAAAGGCGCCAGGGGAAUUGCGGGAAAACCAGGUCCAAGAGGCCAAAGGGGUCCAACGGGUCCACGUGGUGCAAGAGGCGCCAGAGGUCCGACAGGGAAACCAGGACCUAAGGGCACAGCAGGCAACGAUGGCCCCCCAGGUCCACCUGGAGAGAGGGGACCUCAAGGACCUCAGGGACCAGUCGGCUUUUCAGGACCAAAGGGACCCCCUGGACCACCAGGAAAGGACGGGCUGCCCGGACACCCUGGACAGAGAGGAGAAACUGGUGCCCUCAAAGGGGACAGCUCCUUACUGCUCAAGAGGAAGGCAAGGGGUGCUCAGGGGGAUUGGGACAAGUGGGUGUUUGUCACGUGGGGGCGACAGGCCUGCCUCAGGGCGGGGGACAGGGAGUGCUCACAAGGGGGGACAGAAGUUGCUUCUGAGGGGGGACACGGGUCGUGCAGCAAGGGGUGGGGACAGACAGUGUUUUCAGGGGGAGACAGUGGAGUGCUCAAGUCUGGACGACAGAAGCGCUUCAUGGGGUGA